UCCUUUUUUUGAUUGACAUGUAUUUUACAUCAAUUUUCAUCUUGAAAAUGUAAAAUGGUCUAAAAAUAAACUAUUUAAUUAAACUAGAUGUAUCAAAACUAAAAGCCUACAUUUUUAUUAAGCAUGAGAUUAUUGUUAAGAAAUGUACUUAUGUUCUUCAGACUUAUAGAGAAAUGAUGAAAGUAAGUCAGCUGAUUCCUUAGUCAUGUGACUGCAGUCACAUGAGUCUGCCAUGUGUGCCUAAUGUCAACCGAUUUUAUUCUCACCCAGUUACCAAUGAAAACAAAAAAAAAUAGCAUGAGUAACAAAUCAAAUGCAUGCAUGGUAGAUAAAUUAAAGCUUUUUCCAAACAUGGGCCAUACAAAUUUAGCUGGGUUACUUGUGUUUAUUUUACCCAGGAAUGGGGUACUUUUGUUUAAUUCUGAAACCGAGUAAUACAGCAGAACUAGAACCAAACAUUUUCUCCAGGGAGCUUAAGGAAAUUGGGAUACUUUCACUACAGGACACAAUCUUUCUUAACAUCAAACAUCUUAAUUCACUCUAUGGCUUGGGUGCUUCUUAAAGUGUGGCAAAGCUGCAAUUCUAAAACUUUUCCACUUCUUUUUUAUGAUAUAAGCACACAGUAUAUUUAAAGAUCUGAAGCUUUUUACUAAACUUUCAGUGUAAAUAUUUGAAGGUACUCUAUUCUGAUAAAAGGAAAAACACUAAUUUUUCAUUUGUCUUGUGUACAACAUAUACAUUUUAUUGCAGACCCAUAUAAUGGUUGCCAGUUUGUGUUUUGUGUUUAUAUUUAUUUGUAGCUUUGUGUUCUGUAAUCAGAAGAAAUCAUUGAUUUUGCCUAAUGGCAUGUCAGCUUUUUGGUUGGUGUAAUAUGUAUAUGUAUUUACAGCAUGCUUCAAGGUUGAGAAAAUUUUGUUGUCCUCCCUCAAAUGUAUAUAGUAUACAUGUAAAACUGUGUAGUUGAGAAAAAAUAAUUUGUCCUGUAUGUUUUAUUUAUUUCUGAUUUGAUUCUGAUAUUAUGAUUUUAAAAUUAUUGUUUGAUCCUUUACAAAAAACCAGCAACUUAUCCUGAUAUCGCACGCUGGACAAGAUUUGGCAGCACUGAGUAGUUAUUUCUUUAUUUUAUUUUUUGAUUUAAAGAAAUAAAGUCUAUAAAAUGCAAGUGAUUGCGACUUUGAAAAACUGGUAAUGAACAUACAAAUAUUUAUUGUUUUCAAAUACAGCCAUUCCCUUUUCAGGAUGCAUAUAAUGAGCCAGUCUGACAAUUUUUUGUUUGCUUUCCUUUUUCAGAUGAAUGGUGUGACAAAUGGAAGUGACCCUGGCCUUGCCCUACAAGGUUUGACUGUCCAGGGCAGCAAUAAUAACCCUGAUAACAGGCCAGUGGAGGAUCCAGCACAAAAGAGGGGCAGGCCAGGACAGAUAAUAGACAUCAGGUCUAUGAUUAAUGAAGCCACAAAACUGAAUGCAGAAGAGGGGAUAGAUGGUCAGGAUCGUCUUUUGAAGCCUCUAGGAGGCUACGUUGGUUAUAACAGUGAAUGGAGGGAGUUAGCUCAAGUCAUAAGUAGGGAUAUUUAUUCAGAAAAUCCCAAUGUAAAGUGGGAUGAUAUCAUUGGUUUAGAAGAAGCUAAACGAUUGGCUAAGGAGGCUGUAGUUUAUCCAAUUAAAUAUCCCCAGCUGUUUAAAGGUAUUCUCUCCCCCUGGAAGGGACUGCUGUUAUAUGGUCCUCCUGGUACAGGGAAGACCCUGCUUGCCAAAGCAAUAGCCACAGAGUGUAAUACAACAUUCUUCAAUAUAUCAGCCUCCAGUAUAGUCAGUAAGUGGAGGGGCGACUCCGAAAAACUAGUCAGGGUGCUAUUUGAAAUGGCUAGAUUCUAUGCUCCGUCUACAAUCUUCUUGGAUGAGCUAGAGGCCAUCAUGAGUCAAAGGGGAUCACAGGGAGGGAGUGGGGAGCAUGAGGGAAGUAGGAGAAUGAAAACUGAAUUAUUGGUGCAGAUGGAUGGCUUAGCCAAAACAGAUGACUUAGUCUUUCUUUUAGCAGCUUCUAAUUUACCCUGGGAGUUGGAUCAAGCCAUGCUUCGUCGUUUGGAGAAGAGAAUUAUUGUUGACCUUCCAACAUACGAAGCAAGGAAAGCCAUGUUUAAACAUCACCUCCCCACUGUUGUUGUGCCAAAGGAAGGGGGUUUAGAAUUACUGAGCAAUCUGGAUUAUGAUCUCCUAGCAACAAAGACAGAGGGGUAUUCAGGCUCAGAUUUGAGAUUAGUUUCUAAAGAGGCAGCCAUGAGACCGGUCCGGAAAAUCUUUGAUGCCCUGGAAAAAAAUGAUCAUGGUGACCUUCACAUUCGACUUGACACAAUUACAACAUCUGACGUCAUGAGAGCUAUAGACAGAACCAAACCCUCAGCAGGCAAGAUGAAGGAGCGGUACGCAGCAUGGCAACGAGAGUACGAGUCCGUAUAGGAAGAGACUGUGUGCUCGUGAUGUGUGCCUGUGUAAGAGUGACUAUGUGCUGGUGCCCACGGAUUCGGAUGACAGAGCUUGACUGACAGAGAGAAUGUACAAAGCAUCAGUGGAGAUGGAUAUCCUUCCAAAUAUUGCUGUGUUUAUCAAAUGGUGCAAAAUAAUGUAGAAAAUCUCAGAAAAUGUCUGUGAUAGUUUAACAUUGAUUCUAUUUUUGUACAAAGCACCUUUAUUUUUAUUCUCCACUUGCAUAGUUAAGUACUGCAGAGCUGUCAUUUACCUGACAGUAACACUCAUAUUGUUGGUAUUUUUAUUUAUGGUGAUGUUCAUCUCUUCUGUACUUUCUAGUCAUAUUUAGAUGUUUUCAUACAGCAUCUAGAAAAUAUAGCAAUUAUUCUACUGAAAAGCCAGUUGUGCAUUGGAAACAUAUAUAGUGUCUUUUAAAAACAUGUUUCCUUUU